GAUCUGUGAGUGGCGCUGCCAGAGAACGUCGCAAGUGGCUAAAAGGAGGACAAGUGGCAGACGAAGAACUAGAUGUGGAUGUGUGUGCCAGCCAGUAAGACAAGUUAACCGAGACACCUGACACUGACCCCCAUCCCCCAACCAACCCGACAAUCCACAAACACAUCGUCAUCGCCUCAUCAUGGCCAUCAAAGACUUAGGCAGACAGUUGCUAAUCACAUUAAUGCUCAUCGGAGCCCUGCUUGGCCAGCAGUUGCCCCACAAAGAGACCAGCAGCAGCAGCGACCCCACUGCUCCCUCCUCCACAACCGCACCUGGACCGGCACGACCGCCGCCACGGGUGAAGCUCAACAAAUGCUGCCAUUUGGGCGAGUACCUCAAUGGCACCACCCGCUCCUGCAUAGCGGGCAACUCGGAGCUGUGGGUGCCCAUGGUGUACCUAAUACAGCAGCAGCGCUUCUUUGAGCCCAUUGGAUCCAGUCCGCGCUUCAUGAAGUUCACCGCCCACGUGCGACCCGUCUGCCAAGAGCAGCAGCUGGAGCUGUUCAGCAGUAGGCUGGGCAAUGUCUUCAUUUUCCCCAAUGGCACGCUGUCGGUGCGCGAACGCCUGAUUCUGGUGGAGCCCCGAAACUAUUGCGUCGAUCGGGAUGUGGCGCUGGUCUGCCUGGAGGCCUGGAGGCCCGCAGCAGCCACAGCAGGGAAUCGAGAGAAUGCACCCGCACCGGGAACCGAAGCGGCAACCGCGUCCCUGGUGACGCCGCCUGCCACGCUGCGCAUGCGCAAAUGCUGCGGCAAGUGGGGCAGCUACGACACCAGCCUCAAGACCUGCAACCUGCAGCCCAGCCCCCCCACCGACGGUCAGCUACGGCUGGGCCCGAAACUACCUGAGGGCAGCUAUCAGACCAGCUACGGCCUGCCCGAGUGCGUGGGCACCACUGCAAAUGCAAAUGCACAUCCGAAUGUCGGCUAUGCCAUUGCCGGCGACUGGCGCGAUGCCCAGCUUAAUCGCUCCUCGGGCGAGAUCCGGCUGUCGCAUCACACCAAUCUCAGUGCCAGCCAGUACUGCCUGGAGCACACGCAACGCGAGGGAGAGGUGAAGAUCAUUGCCUGUUCGCAUCACUUCUCGCACGCCACGCACGGCGACGGUCCGGAUGGGGACUCCAGCGGACUGGACGAGGAUGGCCAGAGCUCGGGUAUGCGGCUGCAGAAGGCCGUACUCACCGGCGGCAUUCUGAUCUCGGUGGUGUUCCUGGCGGCCACACUGGUGGCCGGCUUUCUGCUACCCGCCGUCCAUCAUGCCCUGCACUGGCGCUGCCAGAUCUGCUACGUCUUCUGCCUGCUGGUGGGCAAGGUGCUGCUGGCCAUCGAGGAGCUAAACACCUCGCUGAUGCCGGGCUCCGUGGCCUGUCUGCUGCUGGCCGUUGGCAUGCAGUUCUUCUUCCUGUCGGCCUUCUUCUGGCUGAACACGAUGUGCUUCAAUAUCUGGUGGACGUUCCGCGACUUUCGACCGAGCUCCCUCGAACGGAAUCAGGAGGCGCUGCGACUGCUCCUCUAUUCCGUGUACGCCUGGGGCGUGCCUCUGCUGAUCUCAACGAUAGCCGCCUGUGUGGACCAGCUGCCGGAGACGACGCUGCUGCGGCCGGGCUUCGGGCAGCUCUACUGCUGGUUCGACAAUCGAUCGGUGUCCAUUUUUGCCUACUUUUACGGCCCCAUUGGGCUGCUGCUCUGCGCCAAUAUUGCCCUGUUCAUCUCCACCACCCACCAGCUGACGUGCGGCCUGUGGAAGCGGGACGAUGUCAAGUCGUCCACGGAAAAGUCGGCCCUCGGCAAGGUCUGCCUCAAGCUGGUCGUCGUGAUGGGCGUCACAUGGAUAGCGGACAUCAUGUCGUGGCUGGUGGGCGGGCCCCAUGGCGCCUGGUUCGUCACCGAUCUGAUCAAUGCCCUACAGGGUGUCUUCAUAUUCAUUGUGGUCGGAUGCCAGCCGCAGGUGUGGACCGCCUGCAGGCGCAUCUGCUGUCCACGGCUCCGGCACGACAUCACCAACACCACCAAUGGAGUCCAGCACUCGAGCAGCUCCCAGGGUCUGCCCUCGAUGGCCGGCUGUGGUACAGAGUUCACGCAAAACACCACAAUGCAGAGCUCGGCGCCCAGCAGUGUGUCCCCAACAGUGCCUGAUGCCACCACAACCCCACCAACGACGACGACGACAGCGGCAACACCUCCGCCCACUGCAAAGAUGGAAACCGUUUGCUAAAGUCAACUGCAGACGAGGCGACAAUGCAAAAGUAAGCCCCCCCACCCCAUCCCUCCACACGAAAAUAAUGGCAAUGGAGCUGGGGGACUGGAGUAUCCGAGGCACACUUGCGCAAUAGCAGCAACAGCAGCAGCAGCAACAGCGUAACCAACAUUCAAGCACGCGCAUUGACCGGCCCAGCUAAUUGUCUAUGUGUUUGAGAGUGUGUGUAAAAGUGAGUGUAUGUGUGUGACCGUCUUGCGCGUGAUUUUGAAAUCAGCCAACAAAGGGAAGCAGAAGCGGCCAGCGGCAGCGGACAAUGGCCGGCAGUAAUUCAGUAUUCGUAUUCAACUUCAAUCUUCAAUUUGAGCUAAACACAAUAGAAAUGUGAGAGAGUAUUUUAUUCAUAUACAUAUAUGUAUG